AUGUUGCGCCAAGCCCUCACUACCUCCUCCAGAGCUCUGCGCUCUGCUCCUCGCCUUGGAGCUAACCAGCCUUUGCUGCGAACCCAAUUCCAGAACAACGCCCCUGCUGCGUGGUCAAUAAGAGCUGCUCAGCCGACCGUCGCUCGGUGGUAUAGCGAUGCCAAGGAGGCGCCUGCUGAGGGCGAGAAGGCCGAAACUGAGGCCAAGGAGGGUGCGGGUGAGACGGAUGCUGUCGCUGAGCUGAAGAAGUCCUUGGAGGCUAAGGAUGCCGAAGCUCGGGACUGGAAGGACAAGUGCAUGCGCACUGUUGCCGAUUUCCGCAAUCUCCAAGACCGCACGCAGCGCGAAGUCAAGACAGCCCGAGAAUUCGCCAUCCAAAAAUUCGCCAAAGACCUAGUCGAGAGCGUCGACAACCUGGACCGCGCCCUCAUCACAGUCCCCUCAGAGAAGCUCACCUCCAAGGACGAAGCCUCCAAGGACCUCAUCAACCUCUACGACGGCCUCAAAAUGACGGAAAGCAUCCUCAUGCAGACCCUCGCCAAGCACGGCCUCGAGCGGCUAAACCCGGAAGGCGAAAAGUUCAACCCCAACGAGCACGAGGCCACCUUUAUGGCCCCCCAACCCGACAAGGAGAACAACCUCGUCUUCCACGUCCAGCAAAAGGGCUUCAAGCUCAACGGCCGUGUCCUGCGAGCCGCCAAGGUCGGCGUCGUCAAGAACGCUUAA